AGCAAAGUGGGCAGUGGGAGGCUGCCUUGUCGCUCAUGCAAUGGGCACGGUCUGCACACCUUGCACCUCAUGGAGUCGUGCGGGUGCUACUGGGCUGCAUGAGGGUAGCACAACGUUGGCAAGAAGCCCUUCAGAUCCAACAAGAACUGAGAGCAUGGGAUGGGAUGACAUUUGGCUGCGUGCUGGGCGUGCUCGAAAAGAGCUGUAGUUGGCAAGUCGCUUUGAACUCCAUUCUGCCCGAUAUGCAGAAGCGAUCUGUCAGACCUGAAUCGCAUGCGUACUCAGCCCUCUUGGGUGCUUGCACAGCCUGGGCCAAAACCGGGCAGGAGGUGGAGGCUGCAGCUUGUGGGGCCAGACUGCUGCAGAGAGCUAAAGAUGCGGGAGAGGCAAAUGACGUGGUUGUUGAAGCAAUGUUGUGCCUGCUGGAGCGUCUACCUCAGGCUCAUUUCAUUUUUGACAUAUUGGGCUUGAGCGAAUGCAGUCUACGUGCUUGCGCCAUCUUCCUGAGCUCCGUAGAGACCGCUGCGAAGACCUUUGGUCUUGAGGCGGCACCCCGUGGAUAUCGAAAGAAAUUCUCAGCAAAUUACCGCAGGGAGCCCGGCUGGUUGAUGGCAAGCGCCGAUCAGCACUCUGCAAUCUGGGUGAACGGUGACAAGUUUGAGCUCAGCCCAGAGGCCAUUUGCCAUGCUGAAGCUUUGCAAAAGGCUUGGAGCGAUCUCACUCAGCUUCUGGAUGCGUCGGCCGCAGCUCCUGAUGGAUGUCGACAUCCAGGCCGAUCGGAACUCUGUGCAGUGCUGGAUUCGCUGGAUGUAGCCUGGGCCGGCUUCGAGCAUAAGUACAUUGCCGAGCUGAUCGAGAUUGAGGAACAAGCAAGACGGUUGAUCAUCAAGGCAGUAGAACUUGAGGCGAAGCUCGCAACAGUGGAGGAUGCCCCUCAAAAGGGAAAAGAAACUGUCGAACUGCAGAGAGCGCUAGUGCAGGGCAUUGCCCAUCUCAACUCUGUGGCCAACUUCCGUCGUAAGGGACGUGACGACCUGGGCUUUGACAUAUUGGAGAGUGCGUCGGAGGUGCUGAGCAAGUUUGGCUUGAGCAGUAAAGACAUCGUAGCUGCCGGUGAGGGCAAGGGCUUCGCAGCGGCAGCUAUCCAAGAUGCUGUGUCCAGAAGUGCCGGAGUGUCCAUGGCAGUUGAUGUGGUUGGCUCUUUUGAAGCGAUGCGCCGGUACUUGCGUGAAGUCAAGAAGUGUUUGGAGCGCGUUGAUCCGCACCUGUGUAACAACGUUGGCCUUGUUGCCAGGCUCGUCGACUGGGAGGAGAGCUGGGAAAUUGGCGCUCGCUAUGUUCGGCAGAGAUCUCUCUUUGAAGCCAACAACGACAUCGUUGCUGAGUUCCGAAUUGCUCAAAACCUGGCGCCUGCGUUCACAACCAUGUGCACUGAUUGCGAUGUGGAGCUCUUCCUCGUCCUUCCGAGGAUGGUGAUUUUGUGUUGCUUGGAAAAGCCGCUGGAGCCACGGGCAGGACUCUUGAGGAGUCUGCUGCCACACCGCUUCCCAGAGAAUGCCAACAGUGGCCUGGAACAGGACCCCGAGAUGGCGGCUCUGCUCGCACAAUUCAAACAGGUCAUUCAGCUGUUGGUCAGCGAAGACCGUGACUCUGCGCCCCAUGCAACGCUCGUGCGUCGUGCAGUUGCGGGUACAGCUGACGAGGUACGGCACCUUCCUCGGCCAGUGCUGGAACGAGUGGAACAUCUCAUGCGUGAUGUAGAGAAGUGGUCCCUCGAGCUCCAGCGCAAAAAUGCGGAGGCACACGGCCACGGGUGGGCCUUAAAAAGGGUGGCAGUCGGGUUCAGCGGUUUACUUUUGGUAAUUUAA